CGGCUGUAGCGAAGAGGCGGCGCGCCGGAAGGCUACGGUUUAGCAAGCGACGAGCAGAAUCCAAACAGUAGUUCAGAGGCUUUACGCGCGUUCACCUACUGGGGUCUGCACAGGACGUGUCUAAGUGUCCGCAAGGUGAAUUUUUAAGGAUCGAGGACUUGCAAACGUUUGUUUUUGCGAAGAAGUAAACGUUUUGGCCUUCUCAACUUUGCUAACGUUAGCUAACAGGCCCAGCUAGCGCUAGCCGUGGUGCUUACUUCACUAGCAACAGCAAAACAAGGAAUGAGUGAUGACCUCUGUGGUAGUGUCAGACAGUGGAGGGAACAUAGUGGAGUAUGUCACCGUGGUGGAGGAGCCCCAGCAGUGUGAGCAGCUUCCCGCUGAGGAGGAGGAGGAUGAAGAGAUGGUCCAGCAGGAGUCAGAGGCAGUGAUCGUAGAGGGCGGUGAGGAGGUGGAGGAGGCUGUGGAAGAGGAGGAGGCGGUGGUGUUGCAGGAGGACAGCUGCCCAGCAGUGAUUGUGGAGGAAAUACCCAGCACCCAGGUGGAGGAGUGCUACUCAGCCCAGGUGUUGGUCUAUGAUGACGAGACAUACCUGAUGCAAGAUGUGGCAGAGGAGCAGGAGGUGGUCACUGAGGUGGCUGAGACUGUGGAAAUGUCGGGUCAAGACAUUGUGUGUUUUGACAAAACGUUUGAAGCAGCUGAGGCUCUUCUCCACAUGGAGUCUCCUGGAGGAUUACACAGUGAACGCAACACAGCAGAGGAUGUGAUGAUGGAGACGGUGGUAGAAGUGUCUACAGAGUGUGGGCCCAUAGAGGAAGAGUCCUUCCCCAUUCCUCCUGACUGUGAGCCUGCUGUCAAGAAGAAGAGAGGAGGUGGACGCAAGCCCAAGACACACCAGCCUGCCUCCAAUGGUUCCUUUGACCUGGGCAUCAAAAAGAGGCCAAGGGAAGGCAAAGGCAACACCACCUACCUGUGGGAAUUUCUGCUAGAGCUGCUGCAAGAUAAAAACACCUGUCCCAAGUACAUUAAAUGGAUGCAGAGAGAGAAGGGCAUCUUUAAACUGGUGGAUUCCAAGGCGGUGUCCCGGCUGUGGGGAAAACACAAGAACAAGCCUGACAUGAACUAUGAGACCAUGGGCCGAGCGCUGAGGUAUUAUUACCAACGUGGGAUUCUGGCAAAGGUGGAGGGGCAACGUUUGGCCUACCAGUUUAAAGACAUGCCCAAAAACAUCCGUGUGAUCGAUGACGAAGAGGGUGACGAAGUAGAGGAUGGGGAGGGGGUUGUUCUAGGCCAGCAACCGGCUCACCAGCAAGGCUCUGUCAGCCUGGUCACCAAGUCCCUCGCUGCCACCCAGCCACAGCAGACCUUCGUCACCGUCAUCCCUAACAACGCCAGCAACAGGCCCAUUCGAGCCAUGCCAGUCGUAAUGACUAACUCAUUAGGUCAAAUGACGUUAAACUCAUCCCCAAUCCUCACCACUACCACGGGAGUCCCAGUAACGGUGGCUAAUGCCUCAGUCAGCGCGCCCCCUAAACUGGUGAUCCAGGCUCUGCCCACCAUGCUGCCUGCCGGUUCGAAGGCAGGAGAGAAGAUCACCAUAAUCACGAUUCCUGCCAACCAGCUGGCAACGCUCAUGCAGGCCAAUGCGUCAGGCCAAGUCACACAGCUCAUUCAGGCUAAGCCUGUAGCUACACAACUAACACAAGCUUUCGGUAAACCUGCUGCAGGCACCGCACCUACGGUUCAGCUAACGGCAGGGCGAUCAGCACCACAGCUCAUCCUGGCCAAACCAGCAGCAGUGGCCCAGCCACUGCCUCAGCUUUCUGUUCAGGUAAGCCAAACUCAGCCCGUCCUGCCGAGAACCCACUCCCAAGACCCACAGCUGUCCAGUCAGCCUGACGCAGCACAAUCAGAGGUUGAGGUGCUGCUUCCUUCCAGCUCACCAGCAACUGAAACCCUAUCAUCCUGAGAGGUCCUUCCCGAGUGAGGAGAGGUACAGGAAGUGACUGUGGACACUGUUGAGGAAGUGCAGGACACAUUCCACACCUCCCUUCUCAUUGGCUCAUACUGAGAGCAUAAUGUGGCUCUCACCGUGGACCUGCGGAAGCACCACAAAGGAUUAAAGGGACACAUGGAGAUCCUGCGUUCAAAUGACGUGGGCAGCCUCGUAUUGUAAAUGAAUGACAUCUCCUUUUUGUAAUCAAACGUAAUAUAAUAAACCCGACAAGACUUUGUUGUAAAUGGAAAAAGCAUCUUUUGAUACUCAGCGGAAAUGUAUCAGUACAGACAUAGUAUAAAAUCCUUUCCUUGGUUCCUUUUCUGGUUUGUUUGUCUCCUUCUGCCAACACUUAGUGUCUUUUUUUACUGUUCUCAGAAAGGGAGUCUGCCUCCAGAGGAAAAAAUGAAUGACAUGCUCCACAUUUGAAGUAUAAUAUCCUAUUUUUUUCCUUGUACUCAGUGUAUUGAAGUAGAUUUUACUGAAACAUAUUAUAAAAAAAAGAAAUGUGAAA